AAUGCUCGGUAUUUAUGUUGAUGCUUAUGAGUUUUGACCGAGCAGUUACCAUAGCUAACCCGUUCAGCAACAUCCGACUCAAUCGUAAAAGAUGCAUUAAGAUUGUCGGUGUAGCCUGGCUGGUCAUUAUUUUUAUCAGUUUCCUCCCGAUGUUCAACCAUCUAAGCUUCAUCAACAUAUCGUAUUUCGGAAGUAACUACUAUGGACGUCAAAGUGUGUGCCUGGCUCUACCGCUAGCAAGAGACCGAUUACCAGGCUGGGAAUAUGCCAUCGCUAUUUUUAUCGCCUUCAACCUCUUUGGAUUCGUCGUCAUCGCCGUGAGUUAUAUCUCAAUUUACAUCUCCGUAAAGAGAACAGCAUCGAGGGUUAAUAGAAGUCAGAGGCGCGCAGAGGAGGUUAAGAUGGCAACCAAGAUGGCAAUGAUCGUCCUAACCGAUUUCUGUUGCUGGUUUCCAAUUAUCUUGAUGGGGAUUGGAUCCGAGGUUGGUGUCUGGAAGCUCCCAGCCGACAUAUACGCCUGGUCAGCUACCUUUAUUUUGCCUAUUAACUCCUCUCUUAACCCAUAUCUCUAUACAAUCGCUUAUAAGUGUGACUUUAAGAAAAAGUCACCGAAACAGGUGGCGAUAGAAAUGCGUUCAGUCCAGCCCAGACCUUCGCCACCGUAG